AUGGGUCGCGUACGUACCAAAACUGUCAAAAAAGCUGCAAAAAUCAUUAUUGAAAAGUACUACACUAGACUCACAUUGGAUUUUGAUACAAACAAGAGAAUAUGUGAAGAAAUAGCUAUCAUACCCACCAAGCCUCUUCGUAACAAAAUUGCUGGGUUUGCCACCCAUUUGAUGAGACGUCUCAGACAUUCCCAAGUACGAGGUAUCUCCAUCAAAUUGCAAGAAGAGGAGCGUGAAAGACGUGAUAACUAUGUCCCUGAGGUCUCCGCCUUGGAACAUGAUAUCAUUGAAGUUGACCCUGACACCAAGGAGAUGUUAAAAAUGUUAGAUUUUAACAACAUUAAUGGCCUUCAACUCACCCAACCUGCUACACAGGGUGGAUAUGGUGGUAGACGUAAUUAA